AUGGAUAAACCUAUUUGCAAAGCCCUAGGCAUAAAAGUGACAGCAACUGUAUUCACCGCGGCUGCGUCGCAAGCUGUGGCCCGAAAGGCUGGAUUCCAAGACAUAUUUAAAAUCACCUAUGAAGAUUUGGCGGGAAAGGGGUUUGUCUUUCCUGGCAUUGAAGAAGAUACUAAACAUUCUAAGUUAAUGGCACUUGUAAUUCUCUAA